AGAUGAGCACGCUGCCUCCCUCGAGUAUUACUUCGCCGAUAUAUAGGGCGAGAAAAGAUUAUACUCGAUGUCUCCGUUCGGUAUCUCUUCGCCGGUGUCCAAUCCGACGAUCGAGACGGACCGCGAUGCCCCAGCGAUCGGCGCAACGUCGCCUCACUUGCCGGAGGGAGCAGGCAAGAAGGACGCCUUCGGAGAGUGGUACGAAGCGGCGCACAAGGGCAUCAUUACCCGCACAACCGACAGCAGCAAUCGGUUGCAUCACUCGGAGAAAUCUCUCAGAUCCAUCGGCGCCAAACGCGGAUUUGCUCUGGGGAUCGGCACCUGCUGCAGCCUAUUGCUGUUCUUGCUGCUCGUCGUAGUCGCCUUCUUCUAUCCCGCGAAGGACAAGCCGGAACUCAACACCACGUCCGUCAAGGCCUGCGGCACGGUGCGACUACACCAACUCGAAGUGGUGACAGCGAACGGCCUGAUCACCGGCCGGCCAGCCACCAUAGUCGACGCAGCCGACAACAGCAGCGUGCAGGGCGUGCUGCGGCAUUUCUUUGGCGUCCCGUACGGCGAGCCUCCCAGCGGACCUCUUCGAUUUGGCAUGCCCAAGGUGAUCAGCCACUUCAGUGAGAACGCCACUUGGGACGCCGAUGCCCAUGGGCCGCCAUGCCCUCAGAGGGGCCCCCUGCUGGCGUCCUCCGACGAGAACUGUCUGCGCCUCUCCAUCUGGGCUCCAUACGUGUGCAACGACAGCGAUCCGCUGAAAACCGUGGUCGUUGCGGUCACUGGUGACUGGAUGCAGACGGGAGACGUGCGCGACCACGAGGGCUUCUGGCAGCAGCUGGCCCUAUACGGUGACUUCAUCGUGGCCGUGAUCAACCACCGGCAAGGCGUGCUCGGCUUCUUUGCGGGGGUCGACGAUAAAAGCGCUCCGGGCAACGUGGCAAUCUACGACACGCACCUCGCCGUCGUGUGGAUGCACAACAACGCUGCCGCUUUCCAUGGAGACGGAAACGCGAUGGUGGCGCUGGGUCGCGGCAGCGGAGGCUUCAUGUUCUCCUCGCUCCUCUUCACCAACAGCGACCGCUACCUCAAGCGACUCAUCCUCCAUGGUCUGUCGGUGACGUCGAUAUUUCCUCGAAACGAGGAGAGCGGGCCCGCUCUUCUGAGCGGCGCCAUGCACUGUCCCAGGGGAAUCAGGCUCUCUGAAAUCGCCGAGUGCCUCAGAGGCAAGGACUUCAGGAAUAUCGUGUCCGCUGCGCAGACGCUGCGUCCUCUGCGCUUCGUCCCUUCCAGGUACAGGGCUCCGCUGUCGGACAAUCUCUACUCGGCGGAAGGGCUCACGCCCCGAGGUGACCUCAAGGGCAUCGACAUCAUCUGCGGAACCAGCAUGGCCGAGGGUGAAGCGCUGUUCGACGAGUACGUCGCCCCCGGCAUGAACAUAUCGGACACGAUGAACGUGGAAGAUGUGUUUCACCGGUGCCUGGCAUUCUUCACCGAGAAGUACCACGUGGAGUACAAGGACAUGCCAGCGGCGGUCAAGAUGUUUCUGACGCAGCCGAACUUCCGUGGCUUUCGCGAAAUUCUCCGAGAUAUCGUCACGACCUGUCCGAUGCGCGCGGUCGCCAAAGCAGCUGCGGCAAGUGGUGCCACGGUGCAUCACUAUGUGUCCAUGGGGGCGCAGCAGUUCUUGGAACCCGUGCUUACGUUGGACGACAUUGUACUCUUUGCAACCACUGGGCAGGUCAAGUGGACGCCGUUCAACAAAGGGGAGGUCACCCUCGUGGUCAACGGUAGCUCCCGCAUGAACUUAGAGCACUGGAUGACAGACGUGUGCAAUGUCUACUCCACCCUUUCCAGUAGCAUAAAAGGUGCACAUGGUCGUUGAAGCUGGCGCCGCGUACCUACUUCGCUUGUUUUUCUGCGUGCAUUUCCGCUGUCUUUAUUACGCGCGAAAAACUUUUGUGACCGUUUUGCGAGUGAAAUGAUCUGCUUCAGUGGGUGGCACAUGGUUGAAUCUCUUUUUGACUGGACCGCCGCUACUUCCCCUGUUCUUAAGAUGACACUGCUUGAGCACUCCAUUUAAUGAUAGCGCAGAAGUGGCCAUUUUGGUGUAGGGAUCGCAGUAGAACUGAACUUUGUUGGACUUUUAGGUUUUAUUGGUGGCCGCUGUUUCUCAAACGUGCCUGCGAUGCAUUUAUCGCUAUUUAGCUGCUUCGUCUUAUCUCUCUU